AUGGUUUCUGCAGAUAUUGUUCGAACAGUGGUUGGCAUCAUAGGAAACAUCAUUUCGGGGUGCCUUUUCUUGUCUCCAGUGCCAACAUUUCUGGAGAUACGGAAAAAGGGAUCAGUGGAGGAGUACUCAGCAGUGCCAUACAUGGCCACACUGAUGAACUGCAUGGUUUGGACUUUGUAUGGCCUACCAAUGGUGCACCCUCACAGCUUGCUGGUAGUGAGCAUCAAUGGUGGAGGAUGCGUGAUUGAGAUGAUCUAUAUCACCCUGUUCUUCUUCUAUUCUAAUCGCACCAAGAGGCUCACCCUCUUCCUUUGCCUCUUCUUGCAACUCCUCUUCCUCACGCUUCUCUCCAUUCUCACCUUCACUACCAUUCAUGAUGUCGAAAAACGUUCUGCUGUUGUUGGAACCGUCUGCGUCAUCUUCAACGUUGCCAUGUACGCUUCGCCCUUGUCUGUCAUGAAACUGGUGAUGAGGACCAAAAGCGUUAAGUACAUGCCAUUUUCCCUCUCUCUAGCGUCCUUUGGCAAUGGUGUGUCUUGGACUGCAUAUUCUCUCAUCCCUUUUGAUCCUUUCAUGGCUAUACCAAAUGGGAUCGGGACAACAUUUUCUGUGGCACAACUAAUUCUGUACGCAACCUAUUACAACUCCACUAAGAGGCAGAUAGAAGGAAGGAAUGCCAAAGGGGUAGGAGAGGUGAAUCUCUCAGAGGUGGUGGUCGGUAACAAUGAUCAAGAUCCUAACAAUAUCAACGGGAUUUAUGUUUUUCCCGAUGGUUUUUAAUUUCAGCUUCAUCCAUGUUGCCUAAUGAUUCAUGGUCAUGCAUAUGGAUGUACUCUUUUACCAACUGAAGCUCGGUCUUAUCAUUAGAUAUAGUCACC